AUGGGGUCCGUACCUCCUGUUGAAGAGCAUGACAUCCUUGUGCUCGGCGCGGGAUUGAGUGGCAUCAACACGGCCCACGUCCUUCGUGACCGGAUGCCCCAUCGCCAGAUCACCAUUCUCGAAAAGAGGGACCAAAUAGGGGGCACAUGGAACUUUUUCAAGUACCCGGGCUUUCGCACCGACUCCUACCUCAACGCCUUUGGACUGGGGUGGUACCCAUGGACCAAGCCGUACAAGAUGGCAUCAGGUCCCGAGAUUCUCGAAUAUCUCAAGGAGGCCGUCGAUAAGGAUGGUCUUGAACCCUUGAUCCGAUUCAAACACAAGAUAACCGGUCUCGAGUUCAAGACGGAGGAGCAGAAGUGGACGCUCUACGUGGAUGCUGACGGCAAGCCCAAGACCAUGAGGGCCAACUUUGUUGUUGGCUGCAUGGGCUACUAUGCAGACAACAAGGCCCUCGAAGCUGACAUCCCCGGGCUGGACAGGUUUGACGGUCGCGUGGUCCACAGUCAGUGGUGGCCUGAGGAUCUUGACUACAAGAACAAGCGCAUGGUCCUGAUCGGCUCUGGUGCCACGGCUAUUACCGUGAUACCUGAGCUCGUCAAGGAUGCUGCGCACGUGGUUCAACUUCAGCGAAGCCCAUCAUACGUUUUGUCGCGCUCGACGCAGCCCAUACACGACUGGUGGCUGCACCUUCUCCUGCCAUUCACGUGGGCUUGCUUGGUGAGUCGAUGGGUUGAGAGCGUGGUCGAGCUUCUAUCGACGGAGUUUCUUCUCAUGUGCCCUGGAAUCGGUCGCAAGGUACUCAUGGACGACAUGAAGAAGCAGUUGCCGGCUGACGUGGACCCACACGUGCACUUCAACCCUUCUUACGGGCCUUUCCAGCAGAGAUUAGGUCUUUGCCCGCAAGGCGACUAUUUCAAGGCGCUGCACAAGGAAAAUUGCGAGAUUGUCACCGAUCACAUCGACACGGUCAUGGAAGAUGGGAUCCUCCUCAAAUCGGGUCGCAACCUUGAGGCCGACAUCAUCGUCCAAGCCACUGGUCUCUACUUUCAGCUCUUCGAUGGAAUCAAACCUCGCGUCGAUGGCGUCGAGAUUGACCCCGGACAGCACUACUCGUGGCGCGGCAUGGCCCUGGACUGUAUGCCCAACGCAGCCUUCAUCUUCGGAUACGUCACCUCCUCAUGGACGCCCGGCGCCAACGCUAUGGCUCACAUGGUGGUGAGGCUGCUGCAGACAAUGGAGAAGAAGGGUGCCGCGACGGUUGUGCCAUUCAUAAAGCGUACAAAGGAGGUCGAGGCACAGACGCAAUUGGCCGUCUCUGCGAAUCCGGGCUACAUUCUCAAGGCGGCAGACAGGAUGCCGAAGACGACAGGACAUGGUCCUUGGUACGGUAGAAAGAACCUUUUCGUAGACACGAUGGCGCUGUGGUUUGGCAGCAUGGAAGACGGUCUUGUCUACGGUGGCUUCAAGGAUAAGAGCGUAUGA